ACCAUUUAAUAGUGUAAUUUAAUAUACACGUUUAAGCAAUGGAGUUGCAAUUAUCCAGAACGGAUUAUGCCGUAGUGGGUGUUGUUAGUAAAAAUUGCGUUAAGUUACUUCCGGGUUCUGCACCUAAGGAACAACAGAAGAUAGCAAUAGCAGAUAGCGAAGGGAUCCUUCAAGUGAUUUCAGUGAAAAAGGACGACAUCCAAUUGCAAUUUAAAACUCUACCAGGACCACCCAUUGUGUCUCUAAAAGUAGCUGGGGCCUCAGGGACACUCAAUGACAAAAUAUUCAUAGCCACUGGUAACGAAGUGAAAGGUUACACCAAAAAGGGAAAACUAUUCUUGGCAUUUGACUCUGGAAUGACAGAGAACAUAACUUCCAUGUGUGUUAUUGGUAAUGAACUAUUCCUUUGCGGACGACACGUGUAUAGUCAUUACAGGGAUUGCAAAGAGAUCGGCUCCUAUUUAUGCGGGGAUAUUAUUGUCGACGUAAUUGCAUUUUAUAUGACCAAAAGCAGAAGAUUGACAUCUCUUAUAGCAUGCGAGGGACGGAUGAUCAGAGUACUGGAGCAUGCCAGAGUUACUUUUAGUAUAGAAGUUGAGAGUUCUCCUACAGUUUUGCAUAUUUAUGAAGAUGAUGAGUCUAAGACUGUUCUUUUUGGUACAGUUGAUGGUAGAGUUGGAAUUUUGGAUAUUGAGAGUUUGCAGGAUUUCCAAAGAUGGCUACUGUCUGACGAAGAAAAUAACUGUUCAGUUUUAUGCAUGGACAGUUAUGACAUGACUGGUAACGGAACUAAAAAUUUAAUCCUCGGAAGGCAAAAUGGCAGAAUCGAAAUAUACUCGAUUAACGUCCACGACAACAUGGACGCGACCAGUUUAAUAUUUGUCGAGGAUUGUAAAGAAAGCAUUAUGUCCCUUCAAUGUGGAGUUGUCGGAGCUUAUGGAUACGACGAAGUGCUGGCAGUUACGUAUAACGGACGAGUCUUUGGACUCACCACUCAAGUUGCAGACGCUAAUUUUGAUGGAACUACUGGCAGUUACGUUUUUUCCACUGACGCAUCAGCAAAAAUCAAUAAGUUAAAGAGUAGCAUUGAAGAGUUACAACAAAAAGUGAACAAAGAGAGAGAACGAUAUCAAUCGUCUACACUAAGCAAUAGUUUUAUGGAGCUAUCAGCAAUAUCGCUGAUCCCAGUGAACCACACUUUUGUACUGGAUCGAGCUACUGCCACCUACAGCCUGAUAAUAGAAGUACCCACAGCAAUUGAUAAUAUCCUGAUCGAAUGUAAUGCCAAAAUUGAAUUGAUGGACGUUGAAAGGAAUACUGCUGUUAUUAGUUAUAAUGAUACGCCGGGAAAGGGACAUCAUUUGCUUGCCACAUACAGAUGUCAAGUGGAUACGAAUCGUAUUGAAUUGAAAAUCCAGACGACAGAGGGUAGCUAUGGAACCCUAAAAGCGUACGUUUCGCCGGCUUUGCAACCCAAAUGUAGCAGAUUGUUACAGUUUGACAUAAAGGCUUUGUCUUUACACUACAGAGUUCACGAGUAUAAUGAUGUAAAUAGGCCGCGUAGCACGUUGAAAAUAAAAGGGACGUUUUCUCUUGCCGAGGUACACAACUGGAUAACUCAAUGCCUUCCAGAAAUUCCCGAAAAAUACCAAAGUUCCGAGGGAAAUAAACUGAUUUUCCAGUCGAGCAUGAUGGAUACCGUCCUGGUGUGUUUAUACAAAAAAGGUGAGGCCGAGUUUACGUCCGAUAAUAUCAUGUCUCUGUGUUUAAUUAAAGAGGUGCUCAGUGAGGAAGCAACAAGGAAGAAAGCGAAAAUUGAGAUCGGUUUUGAUAUUAACAACGAAUGUAUGAGUUACGUCUUAAAUAUAUUACAAGGAAAAUUAAAGGAGCAUGAAGAAAUGGUGAGGGAAAAAUUACUGUUUGACUCCCUAAGCGAAUUGGAAAUCGAUGAAGAAGAAAAUGUAAAAUAUCUCUCGGAAAAAUAUCGAAACAUACUGGGUAAAAGUAAGCAGCUUAAGGAGCAUUUCAGGAAAUAUCCAAACUACUUGGAAAGAUUAAAUGAUGCCGUUGCGACUGUUCAUGAAAAGUAUAAUAAGUUAAAGUAAAAAAUUCAGUGUUUUGACUUAUAAUUGGGUACUUUGUACAUUAUUUUCAAAUAAACGAGUGUGUGAAACUUAAUAUUUUUAACAACAAAA